AUGGCUAGAAGAAAAGAUCUUUCUUCCUUUGAAAGAGCAUCCAUCAUCCAAUUCCUCCUUCAAGGUAGCAAAGAUGGAAAACCUGGCAGAGGGAAGAUGAGUGCAGCGGUGCAAAAGUGGAGCAGUUCGCGUAGAACGAUUAGUCGACUUUGGGCAGCUGCAAAAAAACAAAGUGAAAGUGGUGAGGUAAUUAGUUCUUUGAGCAAGAAAAUGUUAAGACCAAGGAGAAAACUUGUAGAACUUGAUUUACAUUUGAUUGCAAGCUUAGAUUUGUCAAAAAGAUCUACCAUUAGAAGGCUAGCAUGUGGGAUUAAAUGCAGUAAAAGCACUGUGGGCAGGUGGAUUAAAUCUGGACUGAUCAGGGCUCAUUCUAACGCGAUAAAACCUGAUCUUACGGCUCCAAACAAGUUGCUUAGGCUACGGUUUUCCUUAGAAGCUCUAGAAUAUGAUAGGAUUCUUAGGAGUUUGACAUUUAAAAGCAUGCACAACACAGUCCACAUUGAUGAGAAAUGGUUCUACAUCACAAAAACUGCACAAAGGUUCUAUUUAACUCCCGAAGAGAUAGAACCUCACAGAACUUGCAAGAGCAAGAAGUUCAUCACCAAGGUGAUGUUCAUGUGUGCUGUAUGUAGGCCAAUUUUUAAUAGUGAUGGUAGCUGCUUGUUUGAUGGCAAAAUUGGCAUUUUUCCAUUCACUGAAUUGGUGCCAGCCAAAAGGAAGAGCAAGAACAGGGCAGCAGGUACAAUGGAAUGGAAACCAAUACAAAGCAUCACCAAACAAGUAGUCAAAGAUUGCCUAAUCAAUCAGAUUGUAGUGCUGAAUGUAUUGCUAAUUUACAAACUGAUUCAGAUUGCUAAUGUAGUGCUGAAUGCAUGUGAAUGUAUUGCUAAUGUAGUGCUGAAUGCAUGUAUUGUUCCUGCUAUUAAAGCAAAGUGGCCAGCAAAUGCUAGCAAAACCAUCUACAUACAGCAAGAUAAUGCUAGGCCUCACAUUCAAGAUUCAGAUCCAGAUUUCAGGGCAGUAGCAUCUGCAGAUGGCUUUGACAUUCAUUUGGUGCAUCAACCACCAAACUCCCCAGAUACAAACAUCAACGAUUUGGGGUGGUUUAGGGCAAUACAAAGCCUACAAACUGAAUCAGUUUGUACAAGUGUGGGUGAUCUAGUGAAUGCUGUGAUUAAUUCAUUUCAUGAAUUAAGCCUAAACACUUUGAAUAAAGUGUUUUUGAGCUUGCAAAGCUGUAUGAUUGAAAUUCUGAAAGUUAAAGGCAGAAAUAGCUACAAGAUUCCUCAUUUAGGGAAAGAUGCAUUAAUUAGGCAGGAUAUGCUUCCCUUGAAUCUCCAAGUUUCAAGUGAACUUGUUAGGGAGUGCAUAUCCUACCUAAUUGACAAUGGAGCAUUGUCAAUUAGUGAUACACUAAUGCAACAUUUGGGAGUGAAUGCAGGAUGCACAAAUGAAGUUGAGAUGAUGGUGCACCAACUUCAAAUUCAAGUUCCUGAAGUUAUGUGA